CAGAGAAUGGACUUCUGGAAUAUGACAAUUAAAAUAAUUUUCUUAUCACAAAUUUCUACUGGAAUUCUGAUCAAUUUCUUCCUUCUUAUCUACUAUCUAGUCUACCAUAGAGAACAUAAGUUAAAGCCCACAGAUUUGAUUCUCAUGUACCUAAUGGCGGCCAAUGCCUUGCUAGUUCUCUCUACAGGAAUACCCUACACAGUGGCAGCAUUUGGGCUGAAGCAGAUUUUUAAUGAUUUGGGAUGCAGAUUAAUUUUGUACAUUCAAAGAGUUGGCCGGAGUAUGUCCUUUGGCACCACCAUUCUUUUGAAUGUUUUUCAGACCAUCACCAUCAGUCACAGGGAAUCCUGUUAUAAGGAUCCAAAGGGCAAGGCUGCAAAGUACAUUGGCUGCUCCAUUUCCCUUCUCUGGGUCUUUUACAUGUUUAUACAUUUCAUUUUCUUUGUGGAUAUAUUUGUCAAAAGGAAUAGCAAUAAUGUGACAAGAAACAUAGAUUACAAGUACUGCUUCAUUGUAAGUCAUGAUGACAUCAAUGAGUCACUGUAUGCAUCAUUGGUGAUAUGUCCAGAAAUUUUGUGUUCAGUUCUUAUUGGCUGGUCCAGUGGCUCCAUGGUUGUGAUUCUGUACAGACACAAGCAGAGGGUUAAACACAUCCACAGCAGUCAUGUUUCCAGAAGAAACUCCCCUGAAUCAAGAGCUAUCAAGAACAUCCUGGCUCUAUUGUCUUAUUUUCUGUGUUUUUAUUUGCUCUCCUGCAUCUUAAAUGUGUGCUAUCCCUUUGUGCAUGAUCACAAUUUGUGGCUGAUGAAUAUCACUCACUUCACUUAUUUAGGUUUUCCAUCUUUUGGACCCUUUAUUCUGAUGAAUCAUUACUCUGUUAUGCCCAGACUCACUUUGGUCUUGAUAAGGAAUAAAACAUCCUAA